AUGGGCAGAUUCGUAAGCGUUGAUUGUGGACUGACAAACAGUAGCGCCUACAAUGAUGGUAUCACAAAUAUACGGUUUGAUUCUGACCGUGGAUAUGUCGCUGGCGGUUUGAGCCACACAAUUUUGGCAGAGUACAUGGUUGGUUCAGAUGAGCAACAAAAAACCCUGAGGAGCUUCCCUGACGGUUCACGAAAUUGCUAUACACUGCCAUCCACUUUUGGUAAGAAGUUCCUGUUGAGGGCCACAUUUACUUACGGCAACUACGAUGGGUUGAACAGGACUCUGGAUGGAUCGCCAUUUCUAUUUGGGCUCCAUAUUGGUGUCAAUUUCUGGGAUACGGUGAACUUGACAAAUUGGGAUCCAUCGCUCACAGUCUGGAAGGAGGUGCUCACCGUUGCUCCGGGCAACUCGGUGUCGGUCUGUCUGAUAAACUUCGGUUCAGGGACUCCGUUCAUGUCUGCUCUAGAGCUGAGGCCACUGCUAGAUGCGAUGUACCCUUUUGUGAAUACUUCCGUAUCAGUCGGCUACUUUAGACGAAUCAGAUUUGGUGAAGCCACUGAAUAUAUCACAAGGUAUCCAGUGGACCCUUACGACCGGUUCUGGGAGGGCUGGUCUUUCUCAUACAACACCUACCCCUGGAUCAACCUGAACACUAGCAGUCAAGUAGAGAUUCUCCCGGGCGACGACUACUUCAAUGUGCCGAUGGCCAUCUUCCAGAAGGCCACGACCCUAGACACGAACUACUCCUUCAUCGUGAUUAACGCGUCACUGGGUCCCAAUGUGGUUCCCGAGAGCGUCCGUCUUCUCCCGAUCUUCCACUUUGCUGAAAUCAAUGGUAACAACAUGCAGAGAAGCUUUGACAUCUACAACGCCGAUGAUGUACUACAUCGGGGCUUCUCCCCGUCGCGAUUGCAGGCCAGUAGUUUGUACAACAGUGGGCAGUUCUUGUAUAAUGGCGACGCAGUGUACACCCUGAACAAGGCGCGCGGCUCGAGCCUCCCCCCGCUCAUCAACGCGUUCGAGGUGUACUCACUCCUUCGGAUGGAAAACUUCACCACUGACUCCGAGGAUGGUAAGACCGAUGAUCGAUCUGAAUAUUGCACACUUAUUACACAUAUACAUUUAUGAUACAUAUGUCAUGUAUGUGGUACAUUCGCAUUACCAUCAUGCAGUUUAUUCACCUGCUUAAACUGC